CUGACAUGUAAGUCAGGGCAGUCAGUCACAGUCAAUAUCUAGCUUAUAUAUUAUGUUCUUUUCAAAGUGAUUCAAACAUUGAAGAAAAUUUUUUUAACAAGAGCACUACUUAGAUAUAUGAUAUAAAUGAGCUGCUACGUAUUGACGUCUAAACUAUUCUAGAUCCAAGUUUUAAUUUUUUUGACGUAUCAAAACUUUAAAAGUCAACAUUGUUUCAUAGUUUUGUGAUGGCUUUACUCAGCACUGAAGAAGCCAAAUAUUUUAUUCAAAAUAUUCUGCAACUAAAAAAUGUCCCAGAACUGCCAAUACAAAAUCUAUCAAAUGACGACAAGUUGAACUUCAUCCACUCCAUACUUUCACGAUAUCUCGAGACUGAGCCAUUUCAAAGCAUCACUCUGAUGGCAGUUGAUCUCGACAAACGCAGGAGGCCAACCUGGCAGGAAAUAAAGACGGCCAUGUUUGCUUGUCGUGGAGGUCUGUGCUACUCUCAAAACGCGUUCAUGUUUGCGUUGUUGACAGCGAUUGGCUUAGACGUCUCCAUGACGCGCGGGACGUGUGUGAAUCCUACAAAUCAACACAAUAAUCACCUUUGUCUACUGCUACACGGGCUGUUUUCUCCAAACGACACUUUUCUCGCAGACGUGGCCAUGGGCUACGCUAUGCCGCGAGUUAUCUCCCUUGAUUUUGAAACCGAGUCACCGGAAUAUACUGACUCGUUUCAGACGUACAAAUUUGUGAAAGAUGGCGACACUGUUGUUUUCAAAGGAAAAACAAAGAAGUCUAUACGUGCGGGGGAUAUUCAAACUGCCGACGUGCAAUUGGAAGGUGAUGAAAAUGCAGAUGCUGAUGACAAGUUGUCUUCUGCUAGAGAAUGGAAAACUCGUUAUCACUUUACGCUUUCAGACCUUCAUAAAGAACUUGAAACUCUAGAUUCAGAUUUUGACAUGAUUUACACAGAUGUGACCAAACUGGUGUUCCAUAGUAGCCCUAGAAGCAUGCAUUGGCCGGGAGGUCGAUUUUUUGCCAUUAUCGAACUAGAAUUUAUUACAGAGAACAGCACGCGCACGUUAGUUAAAACUAACAUUAGUCAAAAUUUACCGGGCGACGUCAAACCAAGAGUUCAUUCCGUUGACUUCGCUUGUCCCGCAGAAACAGGAAAUGACGUAGAUAAUCUUAUGGAACGCCUCGUUGCUAUGUACGCCAAAUAUUUCCCACAGUUUGAAUCAUGGGAAGUAAGAGCUGCCGUUGAGAACUGGAAAAAAAUUCGCAAUUUUUCCGGAACAAAUCUACACGAUUUAGAUCAGUUGUUAACUGUCCACGUCUAUAAAAACAUUGCUACAGAAAACUGAGACCUCGAUUUAUCUUUUUUUUAUAAAGCUAGAAAAAAAAAAACAAAUAAAAAAAAAAACACUUAAAUUUGGAUCUAGCUUUAAACAAGAAACAAGCAAAAAUAUUACAAAUAAUUUUUGAAAAAAAGGCUUAUAUAAGAACAGCUUUAUAUCUAAAACUGUAUCUCUCAAUAAUGUAGAAUUUAUUUCUCCUUUUCGAUAGUAAAGUACCCCUUUCAGACCUUGCGAUCUAUGGGGCAGAUGAUGUAAAGGACAUGUUUUGAAAUCAAACAUAACUAAUUACUAAUUUGACUAAAAUUGACUAAUUGUUUUUUUUUUUUUUUUUUUGAUUGACUCAUGUUUUUCAUAUAGGCCUAUAUUUCAAUUUUAAAGUCUACCAUUCUUCCACAUGAUUAAGCAGCUAGCAGAUACUCAACAUGGAGUGGUUUCUUUAAGCAGAUAAUUUGUAAAUUUAGAAAAUGGCUUAGUUUUCGAUUGCCAGGACUCCUGAUUAGUCCAGUAUUUCAAGUGACCACAUUAUAGUGGCAGGCGUUAGUAAGCGGAGACCUUGAUAAGGAAUUUUUGUGAAGACCACCCUAACCUUUUUCAGACUUCACUAUGAAUUCACUUGAAAAUAUUUUUUUUAAAAUCUAAAAGAACUUUAUGCUGGAGAACAAAAUGAAUAGAGUAUUUAUACAUUUAAUACCGUUUACCGUAUUGUCUUAUAUUUAUUAUGCAUAUUUAGUUGUGUUGUUUUCUUUUUGUAUGUAUGUUAUGUCUAGGUUGUUUUCCACUAUACAUACACUACCACUCUAGUAUUGCUGAGGUGGACAAAUGUAGUCAAACUAAAUUUCCAUUUUUUUAGAACAAUAAAAGUAUUUAAUUUUAUCUAAUGAUCUGUGUAGCUUUGUUUGGCGUGACAGUUAAUUUUUUUAUUUAUUUUUUUUUUUUGAAAUAGAAAUAUUUAGUUUCACCUCGUAAGAGAGAGAGAGAAAGAUAGAGGGAAAGAGAGAGAGAGAGAGAGAGAAAGAGAGAGAAAAAAAGAGAAAGAGAGAGAGAGAGAGAGAGAGGGGGAGAAAGAAAGAGAGAAAGCGAGAGAGAGAGAGAGAGAAUACGCGCAAAGAAGAGAUUGAAGUAAAGAAUCUCAGAUGGCUUGCCUAGGCACCGAGUCCAUUGCACUGGCGGGGAUGUAAAAAAGCUCCAGCAAAAAUGUUUCCCCAUGUGCUUGGCCUUUAGUCACGCCCCUAACCCGAGCAUCUAGUGGUCGAGCUAUCGGUAAUAAUGAUCUAAACAAAAAAUGUACACCUGCUUGGAUCCUGCACAGAACAGUUAGUUCAGAAAGGCCGAUGGAGGUCAACUUCCGCGGGCCUAGAUUUCCAAGAGUGUUCGUCUCCAGUCUUAGGACUAUUUCAGUUUCCUUUUAAUUAAAGAUUAUAAUGUCUAUUAAUUUUAAUUAUUAAAGAUUAUCAUGUCUAUUAUUUUCAUUAUUAAAGAUAAUCACGUCUAUUAGUUUCAUUAUUAUCUUCUUAUCUUAUAUAAUAUAGACGUUACUUCAAAAAUGAAGAUGAUUACGUCCUACGCGUCAUGCAUUUAGUCAUGCAUAUUAACCAAUGACUUAAAUUCUGCCAAGUCACUGGUUUUCCUGGCUAGCUCAGGCAACCCAUUCCAUGCUCUAAUAGCACUAGGGAAGAAGGAGUAUUUGUACAAAUUUGUCCUAGCAUAUGGGACGAGGAAUGUGCCUUUAUCUUUGUGUCUUUCAGAGUAUUUUAUUAAAUUUUGUUUUUGUAUUUGAAGAUUAUGGUUCAGUGUUUUAUGUAUGAUUGCUACUUUACUUUUGAGCCUUCUGUCCUGAAGGCUUUCUAAAUUUAGUGAUUUUACUAAAGGUGUUACUCUAGUCAAAUGUGAAUAUUCGUUUGUUAUGAAUCUCACUGCUCUAUUUUGUGUCUGUUCCAGUUUCUUAAUGUUUUCUUGAGUUGAGGAGUCCCAAACGAUUAUUAAAAAGCUCCUGGCAACUUCAAUAGUGUCAUUGGCUUAAAGAAAUCGACUAUUACUAGAUCCACUAAUAAUUCAUCACUUGUAACUCCCAAGACCUGCAUAACAAAAUGUCUUUACUGACCAAGGAAGAAGCACUAUAUUUUAUAGAAAAUGUUUUACAAGUAAAAGAUAUUCCUAAGUCAACAAUAAAAGAUUUACCAACUGAAGAGAAAUUCAAUUUUCUACAUACCAUACUUUCACGAUUUCUCGAGACUGAACCAUUUCAAAGCAUCACUCUGAUGGCAGUUGAUCUCGACAAACGCAGGAGGCCAACCUGGCAGGAAAUAAAGACGGCCAUGUUUGCUUGUCGUGGAGGACUGUGCUAUUCUCAAAACGCGUUCAUGUUUGCGUUGUUGACAGCGAUUGGCUUAGACGUCUCCAUGACCCGAGCUACCUGGCCAUGUGCUGAAAACCAACCCAACAAUCACCUUUGUUUUCUGCUACAUGGGCUGGCCUUUCCCGAUGUGGAUCACCUUGUGGACAUAGGGGCUGGCUACUCUCUACCUAGAGUUAUCUCCCUUGGAUUUGAAAAGGAGUCACCGGAAUUCACCGACUCUUUUCAGACUUACAAAAUCGCGAAAGAAAGCGAAAGUAAAUGUGUUUUUAACUUAAAAAACAAAAGAUCUCGUUCGAAUAACACAGAACCAGCAGACGAUCAAGAUGUUGAGAUUAAAGAAGGAUCUUCAUUUAGAAUAUUGUCAGAUGAAGUCGACGAGUGGUCGGUAUGCUAUUACUUUAACCCAUUAGAGCGUUAUCAAGAUCUCGAGCCUUUGUAUCCAGAUUUUGAUAAUGUAUUUACAGAUCCAACCAAAUUAUUAUUUCACAGAAGCCCGAGGUGCAUGCACUGGCCAGGAGGUGAAUUUUUGGGAAUUGUGGAAUUAGAAUUUAUUACCGAGGAUGAGGAACACACACUGAUUAAAAAACAUGUUAGUCAGAUGGUAAGGUCAGACGACAAAGCAAAUGACACUGACAUUGAGCGGGCUCCUCUUGGAGAAUGCAAUAACAAAAGAAAUGUUAUGGACGCUUUGGUUGCCAUGUACGCCACCUACUUCCCUCAGUUCCUCUCAGGGGAAGUAAGAGCUGCCAUUGAAAACUGGAAAGCGAUUACUAACGAUAUAGGGAGAGAACUUAAUAAAGUUGAACAUUUAUGUCAAGAACACUUGAGUAAUCUUUCAUGUGAGGAUAAACACCAGGCUUCGUUAUAAAAAUAUGUAAUGGACUAGGUUUCUCUCUAAUAGAGCAUUUUAAUACUCAAAACCUUUUCUCUUUCUUAAUAUAGCUGUCUUCAUUUCCGAAGACAAUAAUUGCAAUACAAUUUCACAGAUGAUAUUUGCAAUAAAAAUCUAAUGGAUUUCCACGUUUAUAUGCUAAGCUAUGUAUAAUUAAAAAAAUACAACCUUUCAAUAUCAUGUUUUUAAUUUAUAUAUGCAUCUUAUCUUAUAACACACAGACGUCACUUCAGAAAGAAGAUGAUUACGUCCUACGCGUGUUCCUAUUUCAUUCUUGUCUUAUAUUUUAACCAGUGACAUAAAUUCCGCCAAGUAAUUGGCUUUCGUGGCUAGCACUAGGGAAGAAGGAGUAUUUGUAUAAAUUUUUCCUAGCAUCUAGAAUGAGGGAUGUGCCUUUAUCUUUGCGUCCUUCUGAGUAUUUUUAUUAGAUUUUGUUUUUGUAUUUGAAGAUUAUGGUUCAGUGUUUUAUGUAUAAUUGCUAGUUUACUUUUAAGUCUUCUAUCCUGAAGUAAAAGGGGCCAGUGUAAAAGAGAGUUUUAACUUUUUAAAUAUGUAAAUGCAUUCCAUCUAUUUAUUGUUAUUGACCACAUUUCUGAUAUGUCACCUACUACAAAAGGACCAGUGUAAAUUAUCGUUUUGUAUUCGAGAUUAAAUGUGACACACAGACGGACUGACUGACUCCUUACACCAAACAGUGUAAUCUUACCUGGAAGGAGAGUCUCUAAAUAGCAUUGAUGUAUUUAUAAAAUUAUAAAAUAAAUUUUUUCGGUACAGUUUUUACUCAAAUUUUUGCCGUGUUUAAGAGAUACGUUGUCAGAGUAAUGCAUGAUGAAGUCUGAAGGGCUUAGCUUUCAAUGUCUCUCAAUCACUUACUCUGUUUGCCUCUUUUUCUUUUCUCUGGUACAGUUCCCUGCAGAAAGGUCUUUGCGAGCUCUGAGAAUCUCCUGAUAUGGUCUUACAGUUUUAGUUUGCGUUUUAUUAAAACAGUGUCAAGUCACCAGAGGCGGCCUUAGCGGGUGUCAUAUCACAACGAGACCACUGGCAGGGGCGGACUGGGUGUUAAAAUCGGCCCAGGCAUUUCUAUACAUUCGGCCCACAAAUUGUAUAUCGUAUGAUUGACAUCCAUUUCUAAGUCUACCUGUCCUCAAAAAUUGUUCUGUUAAGUUUGAUAAUGUAUCGAAAACUGAACGCAUGAUACAAUGAAAUUUUUUAAAGAAAUACAGUAGGCCUUAUGUUGCUUUUUAAUCGCUUAAAGUGUGGGCCCAAAAAAGGAUGAAGCCUACUAGUAGCACUGUCUACGGAUGUAGACUAUUACAUUAUUUGGGAAAAUGUAUUAGAUUAAAUUAGCGUUACACCGUAGAGUCUGUAAAAUGUUUCUUUUUUUUAAACACGACGCUCAGAAGGCUUUUUAUAAGAGAAUAUUAUACAACUUUAUAAGAGAAUAUUAUACAACUUUAUAAGAGAAUAUUAUACAACUUUAUAAGAGAAUAUUAUACAACUUUAUAAGAGAAUAUUAUACAACUUUAUAAGAGAAUAUUAUACAACUUUAUAAGAGAAUAUUAUACAACUUUAUAAGAGAAUAUUAUACAACUUUAUAAGAGAAUAUUAUACAACUUUAUAAGAGAAUAUUAUACAACUUUAUAAGAGAAUAUUAUACAACUUUAUAAGAGAAUAUUAUACAACUUUAUAAGAGAAUAUUAUACAACUUUAUAAGAGAAUAUUAUACAACUUUAUAAGAGAAUAUUAUACAACUUUAUAAGAGAAUAUUAUACAACUUUAUAAGAGAAUAUUAUACAACUUUAUAAGAGAAUAUUAUACAACUUUAUAAGAGAAUAUUAUACAACUUUAUAAGAGAAUAUUAUACAACUUUAUAAGAGAAUAUUAUACAACUUUAUAAGAGAAUAUUAUACAACUUUAUAAGAGAAUAUUAUACAACUUUUACAAUUCAAUGCGUUAUAUAGUGGCAUUUACGAGACCCUUCAGGUGACCUUAAGGGCCCAUUUGGGUACCGGCCCACCGGGCAUUUGCCCGAAUGCCCAUAUAGCCAGUCCGCCCCUGGUCACUGGAGGCAUGCACACUGACCAACGACAUCGCAGCCUGAGGACAGUUUUUUUUUAGACCACUAGCUCGUUGCUACGUCUCAGGUCGUUCCCUCAUGCGCCACCGCCUAAAGCCGCCUCUGAAGUCAUCGUGGGGGGCCCCAGAGAACCUGUUUCCGAUUUCCUCUUUUGUGAUAGGGUCUUUGUUUGGGAAUCCUCGGUUAGGAUUCAAGAUUUGUAAACAUGCCAGAUUGUCUCCAUGACCAAAGAGCUUAUGAUAAGGGUUUCCCCAAACUGUGGUUGGUCGUUGUGCUGGUCACAUGACACACUGAUCGUUAACUGAGGCCAAAGAAACAGACGACUUUUUACAUCAUUUAGUCCAUAGAUUAUCAUAUUAUCUUCUUAUCUUAUCAAAUACAGACGUUAAUACAGAAGAUGGAAGAAAAGAAAGAUAUAUUAUCAAGAUUAUCAUAUUAUCUUCUUAUCUUAUCAAAUACAGACAUUAAUACAGAAGAAAAGAAAUAUAUAUUAUCAAGAUUAUCAUAUUAUCUUCUUAUCUUAUCAAAUACAGACGUUAAUACAGAAGAAAAAAAAGAUAUAUAAUCAAGAUUAUCAUAUUAUCUUCUUAUCUUAUCAAAUACAGACGUAACUUCAAAAAAAAAAGAUGAUUACAUCCUACGCGUCAUGCAUCUAGUCAUGCAUGUUAACCAAUGACUUAAAGGCUGUCACGCUUAAGUUUGUAGGUCAAGGCAAGUUGCAAGAAUGUGUCGUCGCAUGAUCUGGUAAUCAUGAGUGCAGCUCCCACGUGUAUGAGUUUGGCUAGGGGACAAAAAAAGGGCGGCAAAAGGGAAGGUGAAGGCUGAAGAUAGCGAGAGCGUGGGAGGAGUGUUAUAGAGGCUUUGGGAGGAAUAGAGUUAAAGUUUUGUGAGCUAUAGGUUAGUUUAAAGUAAAUAAAUGGCAGUGGCGUAGCUAGGAAAACGCCAUCAUUUGGGGGCCGGGGUGAGUCUUGGUCUCUUUGGGGGACCCCUAAAGUGAGACCCGGGGGGAUUCUCAAAUACUUCCCCCUCCCCUCACCCCAGCUACGAUACUGAUAGUUGGCUAGAUUUAUUUGAUCAUUACUAAUAUUACAGUAUGCUGUAUCUGAA